UCAGCCCUCUGCCCCGGAUCGCUCGGAGGAGCACGCAGCCGAUGCUGGGCUACUCGAGGCGGCGGCGUGAAGUGGCGGCGACGUCGGCUCAUCCACGCUGUGCUCUCCCCAGUUCUUCCCCCGAGCGGAGCGGACAGCCUCGCUGCUUGGCCUAAGAUGGACGGCCAGAACGGUGAUUUCAACAUCCUGCUGGCCACCGAUUCGUACAAGGUGACUCACUAUCAGCAAUAUCCACCCAAUACAACCAAGGUCUAUUCUUACUUUGAAUGUCGUGAAAAGAGGACGGAAAAUAAAUCCAACAAGGUGCAAUAUGAUGAAACUGUGUUCUAUGGUUUGCAGUACAUUCUGAAGAAAUAUCUUGCAGGCAAAGUUGUAACUAAGGAAAAAAUUCAAGAGGCGAAAGAGCUCUACAGAGAACAUUUUCAACAUGACGUUUUUAAUGAGUGUGGCUGGAAUUAUAUCCUUGAGAAACAUGAUGGUCACCUUCCAAUAGAAAUCAAGGCUGUACCUGAAGGAAGUGUCAUUCCACGGGGAAAUGUUCUCUUUACAGUUGAAAAUACAGAUCCUGAAUGUUAUUGGUUAACUAAUUGGGUUGAGACUUGCCUUGUUCAAACUUGGUAUCCAAUUUCUGUAGCUACUAAUUCCAGAGAGCAGAAGAAAAUUUUGGCCAAGUAUUUAAUGCAGACUGCUGGUAAUUUGGAUGGACUAGAAUAUAAGCUUCAUGAUUUUGGCUAUCGAGGUGUUUCCUCUCAAGAGACGGCAGGAAUAGGGGCAUCUGCUCAUCUAGUAAACUUCAAAGGAACUGAUACAGUUGCAGGAAUCACAGUAAUCAAGAAGUAUUAUGGAACAAAGGACUCCAUGCCAGGCUUUUCAGUGCCAGCAGCAGAACACAGUACAAUUACAGCAUGGGGAAAAGACUGUGAAAAAGAUGCCUUUGAACACAUAAUGAAGAAGUUUUCUACUGUGCCUGUAUCAAUUGUCAGUGACAGUUAUGAUAUAUAUAAUGCUUGUGAAAAAAUCUGGGGUGAGGACUUAAGAGGUUUGAUAGAAGGAAGGAGUCCUGAAGCUCCACUCAUUAUUCGGCCAGAUUCAGGAAAUCCACUUGAUACAGUUUUACAGGUUCUUGAAAUACUUGGGAGGAAAUUUCCACCAAUCGAAAACUCUAAAGGCUAUAAAGUAUUUCCACCGUUCUUGAGAGUCAUUCAGGGAGAUGGUGUGGAUAUCAACACUUUACAAGAGAUUGUACAAGGAAUGAAAGAGCAUAAAUGGAGCAUUGAAAACAUUGCCUUUGGAUCUGGUGGAGCUUUGCUGCAGAAGAUAACAAGAGAUCUUUUGAAUUGUUCUUUUAAAUGCAGUUAUGUGGUGACCAAUGGUCUCGGGGUAAAUGUUUUCAAAGAUCCAGUUAUGGAUCCAAAUAAGCGAUCCAAGAAAGGGCGUCUCUCUUUGCACUGCACUGUUUCAGGGGAUUAUGUUACUCUCGAAGAGGGUAAAGGUGAACUAGAACAAAAUGGGCCUGAUCUACUACACACAGUUUUCAAGAAUGGCAUAGUUGUUAAGAGCUACACCUUUGACGAAGUGAGGGAAAAUGCACAACUGAAGAAAAAAAUGGGAGGCUCUCAAAUCUGUGAAUUCAAAUAAAUGUCUGCAGAAUGAUGUCCUAUGUCUGCUGCAGAUUCUGUGCACAGAUAUGUGUAUAUAUUCGGUUUUAAUUUACCUAUUAAAUCUAAACAUUUAUAAUUAUAUGCUGUACCAUGUAAACAGCAAAUGACGAUCAAGCGUACAGUGAUCAGCCAAUAUGGUUUGUAUUUUUAACACUGUACACAAUAUGAACAAUUUAUUGCUUUGAACAGCUGCUACUUGUGUUUUUAAAUGUAAAUUGUAAGGUAAAUAGUGGUUACUAGGAAUUAUGAAAAUAUACAGAUGUUGGCCCAUGUUUGUCAUGCAUUUGGACGAGAUCUCCACCUUCAGUAGUAAAGAAAAUUUGGCCAAUGUUGGAAAUAAUUUAAAUAACUUUUUUAGUGUACAUAUAUAACAAGCUUUUCUUUGACCUUCAUGUUUUGUUUUUCCUUAAAUGGGAUUUCAGACACUUCCUGUUUUGGAAUAAGGGCAAUUUUGCAGAAUAAAAAAAGGGUUGUGCUACAGUACAACCAUUUGAUAUUGUGUUGAACAAAGCCUUUUUUGCACACACACGAUUAGAUUUUAAAAGGUUGGAUAGUUAAUGGUGCACUUAUUUUUUUAAACCUGUGUGUGUUGAAAAUGCAGGCUUUUUAAGAGCAAGCAUGGAGGAAGGGAGGGUGUCCACUCUAAUUAAGGUUGCUCUUUGCAACUAACAGAACUGAAUUAAUGCAAAAUGUGUUUUUUUU